ACGUGAGUAUGAGUAUGGAGACCAUACACUUGAUAUACAAAAAUACAGAACAGUUUAUUACUAUUCAUACCUAAACAAAAUCGAUAUUGUUUACAUAUACAUAUCUAUAUAUAAAUUUCAAAGCUAGCAGAAAUGCAUAACUGCGGUGGUGAACUGUGCAUUCAUCGCACUUACUCGAGGUGAAAUUUAACAGCUUUAAAUUCUCCAGAAUCCUAUAAUUUAGGUUAAGGUGGAGUGGAAUAAAUCGCUGUAAAAAAAUGGAAAAAGAGGAUAUUAUGGAUAAUCCAAAGGAGGUGUAAUAAAAAGAAUGUCACAGACAGCCGAUGCUGAAAGUGAAGCGGGCUCCAUCUGCGACGAGGAACGAGUAAAAAAGCUCUUCCAAGCUUGCGACGGGGAUGGCGAUGGAUUCAUCGAUAGUCAAGAUUUGUUGACAGUAUGCCGAGAGUUAAAUCUUGAAGAUUCAGUAGAAGAAUUAAUGCAAGAACUUGGUGCUGAUGAAAGUGGUCGAAUAUCUUAUCAAGAAUUCCUAAGACGAAGAGUAGCGUUAAGACCUGAAAUCGAAGCACUUAAAUCUGGUAAAAAUAAAUCGACUUCUACACAUUUAACUCAUACUCCAGAGUAUCUACCAACGAGCAGUGAUAACAGUCUCGGAACUGUGUCCGGACGACAUGAAAGCUGGGAGUUCGAUAGCGGUGCUCGUGAUCUUUCCCCUGAACCGCAAGUACUCCAAAAACUUGUCGAAGCAGCUGCUGGAGGAACUGGAAACAUGCUCGAUCUUGCUAAUAAGCUUCAUGCAGCGGCUUUAUCGUCUUUAAGAUCAGAGGUAGCGGAAUUGAAUACACGAUUACUCGCAGCGACACGUGCUAAAGAGGCUGCAAGCGCCGCAUUGAUUAGAGCUGAAGCCCAAGCUUUGCGAGCUGAACAACGCGCUGAACAACAGGCAAUUCGGCAUGAAGAAAGGCUCACUGAACUGCAUUCAGUUAUUGCUGAACUUAGCAGGCAACUUGAAAGACAUCGAGCUAAUGUUAUCACAGAAGAAGAUGAGUCUGAAAUAGAAACUAGCAGAGAUGCAGAAGGUUCAAUAACAAAUCCAGUGGAAGAAAGCGAAGGCGGAGAAGACACUCAAGGUGAUGGUGAUAAUUAUGGUGAUCGUACCCUCGGCGACGCAGAAUCAAGUUACGCAGAAGAAAUUGAUGAUCCACCACGGCUUAAUGAGAACCAAAAUCAAAGAGAUAGUCGCGGAUGCGACAGCCCUGCAGCACUGCCAACACCUGAACCAAACCAUCAAGAAAUUACCUGUCAAAGUAUCCUAGUAACUUCGUUACAAGAAGAAAUAGUUGCUUUGAAGGCUGAAGUAGCUAAUUUACAAAGCCAAUUAUUACUUUUUAAAAAUAGCGGACAAAUUACGAGCAGCGAUUCACCUCGAAGAGAUCACAAAAAGGGUAAUCUAAGUUCUCCAGAGCCAUUAACAGCACCAUGUUCACCAUUAUUACCUCCUUUGCAACCACCAAGUUCAAAAAAUACUCCACGGGACGAGAUGCCAAUUUUGAAAAUGGCUGAAAGAGUGAAAUUGCGUCGAACGGAUGAAAGACAUAUAACCGGGCCUGAUAUAACUAAUUUAGGUGUAUGCUCAACUAUGAUAGCUGAGCAUUUAGUGUCAGAUUUAUUAGAGCAGUCAAACAUACAGGAGUUAAAUGGCUCAGAAGAACAAUUCGAAGUUGAAACUGAGAGACUUAAAAGCCGACUUGAACAUGCACGAGCUAAUAAUGCCGUUCUUGCGUUAACUUUACACGAAAGUAAAGCUCAGUGUGACAGAUUAAGCUUGUUAGUUGGAAAGUACGAGUCCAAUGCUACUGCUCUUAACUUAGCCUUGUCGUUCAGUGAUCGAACAAUUGAAGCUUAUGAUGUUUUAGUAGCAUUACUAGAAACCGAAAUGGCGUUUUCAACCGACAGAAACAGUGUAACGAUAGACAAUAGAAGAACCGCUGAAAACGUCGCUUAUCACGUCCUUAAACGUCUAGAAAGUGAUUGUACAACGCUUGGCGCACCCUGGGAAGAUAGCAUCAUAUUAUCUGAUGAUUCUGAAGUCUUUUGGUCAAUAGAUGAGGAACAACGUUUACGUAAGCACAUAAGUAAAUUAAAAAAUGACCGAGCAAUGGUACGAUCAACAGCAGUUGAGCUGGAAACAGUUCACGUUGAACCUUUAAAUUCAAAGAACACAAUUUCACUAGCCGAAGCACGUAAGCUCGAUUUAGAGACAGCAGUCUUAAUGCAAGAAUUGAUGGCAAUGAGAGAAGAUAAAGCUGAGUUACGAGCACGGGUAUUUUUGUUGGAAAAAGAACGUUCGACUAUUGAAUUGAAAUUAAAUUCACGGGAAGCACAAAUAGCUGCUCAAAACACAGCUAUUCAACACCUUCAAGAUCAAUUAGGUGAUACCGAGGCCAUGCUGGCAGUGGCUACUGAUAAAGAUCGUAAGUAUAAUGAUAGUGAAAGUGAAGGGAUGGAAUCUGAGCUAAUUGAAGCGCUUGGACGAGAAGCAAGGCUGAAAGAAAGAUUACACGAAUUGGUUAAUACCUUAGAAAAUGUUACAAGAAAUUCUGAAUUACGACACCAACAAUCUGCUGAUCUCAUUAAUGAUUUAAAAGUUGCUAAUGGAGCACUGGUACAAACAUUAGAAAAAUCUAAGAAGAAAUAUCAGUCACGAUUGAAGAAAUUAGAACAACAAAUGCUGAUCAUGGUUGAAAGAAAUGCUGCUCAGGUGAAAAUAUUAAAACAGAGAAUAUCACUGCUAGAAGAAGAAGCUGCUAGUUUCAAAGGAAGUCUUCCUCUCCAGUCCCAAAGUUCUGGUGCCAGUGAAACAUCGUUAUGACACUCAUCUGAACAGAAUUCAUCGGAUUAUAAUUAAACUGCCAAAAUAAAUUUAUUAAAACACCAUUAAAUCAUUACCUCGUACAUAAUGUUUUAGAUAGUUAAAGAGUAUAAAAUUAAUAAAUAAAAAAAUCAUUGUCAGCUACUUAACGUUGAAAUCGAUGUAUUUUUUUACUUAUAAACUUUCAGAGUAAAAAAAUUAUAAUUAUUAAAAAUUGCUUGUCGCCAAAUAAAAUAGGUUAUAAAAAUUUUUUUCCAAUUUUAUAAAUCUCUUUAAAAGCUUAAAUAUACUCAUGUUUGUUACAAUUAUUAACUAUGAUAAUAUAACUUUGUAAAUAUGUAUAUGAGAAAAAAUAACACAUGUUAAUGAUGCGUGAUAAAUGUAGACAAAUAAAUUAUGCUUUAUUAAAUAUAA